GGUCCUCUGAUAGAUCCAAACCCCCUGAUGAUUACUCAACCCGACAAUCAAGAGAUGUGGCCCUGAUCCCUGUUUGCCAGACACAGCUUCUCUUUAAGCAAGAUGUCAACCACGACAGAAAAUGGGAUGGGAGGGCCGUGGAACACAAGCAGAGAGAAAACAUAUAAGAAGACCACAUCAUCUGCCUUGAAGGGCUCCAUUCAGCUCGGUAUUGGCUAUACAGUGGGCAACCUCACCUCCAAGCCUGACAGGGACGUGCUUAUGCAAGACUUCUAUGUGGUGGAGAGUGUCUUUCUGCCAAGCGAGGGAAGCAACUUGACCCCAGCGCAUCACUAUCCCGACUUCCGGUUCAAGACCUACGCCCCGCUGGCCUUCCGCUACUUCAGAGAUCUGUUCGGUAUCAAACCAGACGACUACCUGUACUCCCUGGUCAAUGAGCCUCUGAUUGAGCUGACCAACCCAGGGGCCAGUGGCUCCCUCUUCUACCUGACCAGCGAUGACGAGUUCAUCAUCAAAACCGUCCAGCACAAAGAGGCCAAGUUUCUCCAGAGAUUGCUACCUGGAUACUACAUGAACUUGAACCAGAAUCCACGCACGCUACUGCCCAAGUUUUAUGGCCUGUACUGUAUCCAGUCAGGAGGCAUCAACAUCAGACUGGUGGUGAUGAACAAUGUACUGCCUCGCUCCGUCAAGAUGCACUACAAGUAUGACCUGAAGGGAUCCACCUACAAGAGACGAGCGUCCAGGAAAGAGAGGGAGAAGGCCAGUCCCACCUACAAAGAUCUGGACUUUCAGGACAUGCACGAGGAAGGGCUUUACUUUGACGCUGAGACGUACAACAACCUAAUGAAGACGCUUCAGAGAGACUGUCGGGUGCUGGAGAGUUUUAAGAUCAUGGACUACAGUCUGCUGCUGGGUGUGCACGUCCUGGACCAGAGUCAGAGGGAGGGGGGCGAGUCGGGCCAGGCAGGGGGCGACGGUAGGAGACCCGUGGGUCAGAGGGUCCUUUACUCCACCGCCAUGGAGUCCAUCCAGGGAGACGGCAAGGCGGCCGAAGCCCUCACCACAGACGACACGAUGGGCGGCAUCCCGGCCAAAACACACAAAGAAGACAAGCUGUUAAUCUUCCUGGGUAUCAUAGAUAUUCUGCAGUCAUACAGGUUCAUUAAAAAGUUGGAACACUCAUGGAAGGCCCUGGUGUACGAUGGGGACUCUGUCUCAGUGCACCGGCCCGGCUUUUAUGCGAGCCGCUUCCUCAAGUUCAUGAGCACGCGAGUCUUCAGGAAGACUCAGCCGAUUCGAUUUUCCCCUUCAAAGAGGACGCGCACUUCCAUCCCGGCUCUGAAGUCGUCCUCACAGGAGAUCCUUUCAUCGCUGGCAGACGAGAGGAAAGAGGAGGACAGGAGGGACAGGCUGGGAGGAGCCCGCAGCCUCGCCAGCCUGGACGGACACGCUGUGUACGGCUCAUACCUGCGUCCCGAUCUGGUCCCUGCCAACCCGUCGUUCUACGAGGGCUCCUCCAUGGGAACCGUCUCCACUUCCUCCAUCUUUGUCAGCGUGGACAACCAAAAAGAGGAGAGAGACGACGUUGCAUCCAGCUCGACGUUCACCCUGGAGGACAGUGCCAUCUGCCUCACUUCUGAGCAGAGCACCAUGGACGUGGACAUAGGCCGCGACGAUGGGUCCGUUCUCGACGUCUACUUGUGAAACGAGCAGCUUCACGGCCUUCCAUUCCCUCCUGCCAAUCAUAAGACAAUCGCCGCACUCCAUUGGACUUUAACUCCACUCCCAGUGCUGCUAGAUCCAUGUUGCCACUCUUAUUGCCAAAACAUAAAAAACUGAGUCUCCACAGGUUGAAAAAAGGAGACAUAAUUCACAGUGACGGACACCAGGAACCAUGUGACAUCUGAUGAAUCCUAGAGCACGUGUCAGUACAGUGCCAUUAAGUUGUAUAUACAUAUCCUGUUUUCAUGGCAUUUGCUAUAUACACACACAUGAAGAGACUAGAUACGAAUCAUACAUUUCUCUGAAUCGUUUUUCUCCUCUGCUGACCAGAAAGAAAUGAAAGACACACACUAAAAUCCCGCAACAACACUAGUUGCUGAUCAGAUGCGAAAUGUUUACAGUGAACGGCAUCUUUGACCCUAACGAAGGGGGGACGCGACAAUGUCGCACAGAGGACACAAGCCAGCUUGUGACCACAGCCGACGGGGAAAGACCCAAGUGAACAGACUUCACGUCUGAAGCUACUGAAGCCAAACACGGGCCGAGACGUGUCACUUUUUCCUAACCGCUCCGUCGUUCGUGCUGCUCUGACGCGAACCCGAAGGCCCGGCGAUGCGCUGCUGUAAACGGAAGGGAGAAAACACAGUUACUGGCUCUUGGCCGAAGCACAGAGCAGAUGGACAAUGCACUCGCUCUGGAUACAAAGGCACUUUUGACAUUGGUUAUGAUUACUGUAAGAAAAUAUUUUUCUUAGGAACGUUGCUUAAGUGGCCAAGCUACCUGACAUAAGCACAGAUUUGGAUGUGUGAACAUGCACUUUUUUUUCCUCCCCUCUUUUUACUCGAACAAAUGCACACCUCUGUCAGUCAUUGAUACUACAUGUACAGAGACAAUGAAGGAACAUUACAGAUUAUUUUUGACGUGGAGCCACUCGCUUUGUGAGUUUUGCAUCACGCCUGAAGAUGCCUUUACUCAGGAGAUCCUUUGAUACUGAAUAAGUGUGUUCUUCUCAAGAAGUUGCGAGACAUGCAUCCCACACUUAGAAGCCGUCUAAUACCUCUUCAUCAAGACCAUAUACAACUGUAAAUGUUCAAUACCACAAUCACACGUCACUUGACACCAUAAUUUAUGUAAAUCUCAAUAUUUUACCAUUUGCUGAAAGAAAACUUUCAUCAUCGCUGAAUGUUAAGACAAUGCAUAUUUAUAUAUAGAAGAGACUCCUAUAAAUAAACUUCUAAAAUCCA